UCGAUAUAUCAGAACAGUAGGCAGAAAAUUAUAGUUUAUGCAGCGUUCGUUCUUACAAAUCAUAUGAUAGAAUUCAGUUUGGAUUUAUCAGUUCUAUUUUCGCAUGUAAUCCUGUCUUUGAUCGCUGUUAAAUUAUCGUUCGUAAAGUUACGUUCAUUUUUUAAACACGUGUAUUAUUAUAUUUAGUGACUUUUGUUAAAUAUAUAAUAGAACAUUUAUAACAUGGCAGAAAAAAAGAGGGUACUUAUGAUUUGUUUAGGCAACAUUUGUCGUUCACCUAUCGCAGAGGCUGUAUUUAUUGAUCAAAUAAAUAAAUUGGAUGUAAAUCAUUUAUGGGAAGUGGACAGUGCAGCUCUUAUUGGAUAUCACACAGGUAAAGGUCCUGAUCAUAGAGCUAUGUCUACACUAAGGAAAAAUGGUAUCAAUAAUUACUCACAUAAAGCAAGGCCUAUUACAGAACACGACUUCACUGCAUUUGAUUGGAUAUUUGGGAUGGAUACUAAUAAUAUCAAUGAGUUAAAUGAUAUGAAACCUAGUAAUUGCACUGCUAAAAUAGAGUUUCUUGGAAGUUAUGAUCCUCAAGGAGAAGUUAUAAUAAGAGAUCCUUAUUAUGAUAGUGAUAGCGCUGGAUUUCAUAAAGUGUACGAACAAUGUGUACGUAGUAUAAAAGGUUUUCUAGAAAAACACAGAUAAUAAAUUUUGAUUAUAACAUUAUGAAAAUAAUUAUUUCAUACAUUAUUGGAAAAUUGUAUAUUUAAGAAUCUGUAAAAAGACAAUAAACACUGAACAAACAUUA